UUCAAAAACGGAUGCGCGAGCUCCGUUGCCGUACAGAGCCUCAACAUUUUGCAAACUGUCGUAACCCUAACAACACAUUUUUAUAUUAAGUUUAACGAAGACUUUUAUUUGUGACCGAUAUGGAAGAAGGAGAGACUGUAACGAUACCGUCCCGAAAAGAGCUGCGUAAGCAGAAGUUGAUGGAAUUCUUGGAAGCAAAGGGAAAGCUGAAACAGCCCAACCCUAAGCCAUACCUCCGGGAUGUCUAUCAAGACAAGACAUUUGCAACUCAGAUGGUUAAGGAGAAAGAGAACACGGCUCCAGCUGUCAAAUUAAUAAAUGAACACACAAAAAUCCAAACUAUGACUGUGCAAGCCACAAAAAGACCCACCAGAAGAACAUUUGGUGUUACAAACAAAGUGAAUGUAAAAGGAAGUAUGCUGACAGGACAGGGAAAUGCCUGUCGUUCAUCUGCAACAAGUGUCCCAGUACAGCCCAGAAAACCUACACAAAACUCUUUACUCAAAGGAACAUACACUGUUUUGUCCUCCGAAUCCAACACAAAUUCAGCCAGCCAUUUCAAAAAGAAGCCUAACAAAGAAAUACAAUCUUCAGAUAAAACCUCUUCUAAUAUAGCUCGCACAUCUGCAAAAAAUAAGAACAGCAAAUUCAACAGUGAGUUGAAUGCUGCUUUGUUACGUCCAGUGAAGACAGCCAGUGUCAGGAUGAGUCUUGGCCCAAUUGUCAAAACUAAAACAGGACUCCUCCCUGCAGUGACCCAGCCAAGGAACAGUCAAAGUUUGAGACAUCCCACUGCCUCAAUAUCUGCUGCCAGAACUACUUCUGUUGCCAACAUGGUGCAAUCAAGCACAUUGUCGUCCAAGUUCAUUUUCCAGAAAAAAACAUUGCCUAACGCAUCUCUAAGCAAUCCUGUGAAAGAGAGAAGUCUUUCUACAACUGCAAGUUCCAGUACUGGAAUAAAACUUCAAGAACAGAAUAGGGCUAACUCUAAGUCCCUUUUUGGUAAACAUUGUAAUCCAAGUGGACUGAAAACAAAGUCCAUCUGCUCCAAUUGCACAGCAGGCCCAAAUAAGCCAGACGGGAGAGUAGGGAUGCUAAAACCUAAUAAAUUAACCAGUCAGCCUACGGACACGUCUUCAAAGCAGAAAUCUGAUGGAGAGCGUAAGAAGAAUGAACAACCAUGCAAAGUUGUCUCAAGAACAUCAUCUGGGCCAGCAAGCAGAUGCAGCUCCAGACCUGUGAGUGGGGAUAUGCGAGCUGUUCUGACUGAGGUGGAAAAGAGAAGCAAGACAUGUGCAGAGACAGGUGGCAAGAAGGGACACAGUUCAGAUAAUGCCCCUAAAAUGCAAACGGGUAUCAAAGGAACUGGCCCUCGAGUUAUAUCUCAGACAGCGCCACAGCCUGUCAGGACCAUCAGCCUCACAGGCCAGGCCAGGAAGUCAUCAAAGUUUCCAGUGAUCGAUAUUCCACAGACGGAGAGAAAGAAACUGACUGCUGUCCAGGAGGAAAGAAUGAAAAAACUACAAGAAUGGAGAGAAUCCAGGGGCAUUUCCUAUAAGCGUCCUCCAAUGCCAGUGAGAAUUCAGGUCAGGCGCACUAUGGCUGUGCCACAACCUUUCUGGGCCACCAUGAAAGAGGAAGACGAUGCCCACUCCCUCAUCUCAGCUGUGGACAGAUCCCUAGCUGAUUGCAUCAUAUUACUGGGCGAGGGUUGCCCUUCAGUCCAGGUGAAGGAGGUUCUCUCGAGGCUGCCGGUGGUGUCCCACAAGUUCGCCAAGUACUGGAUCUGUCAGGCCCGUCUGAUGGAGCAGGAGGGCAACCUUGAUGUCCUGCCAAUAUUUGAAGAAGCUGUGCGUGUUGUGCUAGAGCCAGUUGACGAACUUCGAACUGUGGUGUUUGAGAUUCUGAAGAAAAAGGAGGAGACCAAAGCAUCUGAAGAAGAUGAGAAAGAGGUACAGGUUUCUUCGGUUGAAAGCUCUCCUGAGAGGGACAACAACCCAAUGAUGACUCCUAAACCUGUCAGAGCCCUCAUCUGUGGGGAGAAAGGAGACUCAUCUGUCGUCAAGUACAAGAUCACAGCGACUCCUGGCGGCCCUCCAAGCCAAAAGAGAGAACCGACACGAGUCAAUGGCCAGGAGGUUCGCUUCUUUACCCCUGUUAGACGCUCUGUGCGAAUUGAGAGAGCCUCUCUUCAUUACCCCGCGUCCCUCCAAGACCAUGAUCUAUGUGUUGCCUCCUACAACGACCUGAUCUACGAGGAGGAUAAUGAGAGAAGUGAAGAGCAGAAGAGUGGGGAAACCAGCCCGUCUCCCAUGUAUGUCUACAGGCAGAACGAAGCGCUCAAAGACAAGGUGGUCGUCCAACUAGUCUGCGAUGAAGGUGUUUAGCUUCAGGAGCUUAAUUUAUCUCCAGUUAGCAGUUGAGGCUUCUUUCAGAUUCAUCAUAUGUCUCUGGUCAGAUGCUAAUAUUAUGUUUCUAUAAACAAUGUGUUGUAUAUACUAAUGUAAAAUAAAUGUCUUUGUUUUUA